GGAAUGUAGUCUUGAUAAAGAAUUGCCACUCUGUCAGCCCAGUGCUCUGCUCUGCCAGUGUGGGGAUGACAUCUCCUAUCACUGCUGCCGCCGCUGUCAUUCUUUGCCCUUGAGCCUGUCAUUCCACCAGGAUUUGACAGCUCCAGCUCAGUGCUUCUCCCUUCAGGAGGGAAGGAAUUUUCUUUGGGCGCCGAUAAAAUGUGGGUUCUAUCAGCAACUGGCUCUAAGACAUCACGUCUCCCCGACAGGUCCGUUGUUAGUGCUGGAGCCCAUGCCUGUGAAAAAUCACUGCAUAUUCGGCUCAGCAGCCCCGUGACGAUCAUUCCUGUUGCGAUUUGUUGAAUGACCAAUCAGAUGGGUGGAGUUUUGUGUUAUAGAAAUUGGCAGCAAGUAUCCAAUGGGUGAAGAAGAGGCCGACGGGGGACGAGGGCAGCCCUGACGUGAUGUGCUCGGCGAGGAGACACAUUCCAGCCCGAGAGAGGUCUGUGUGACGCGUCUGGGAGGCCACCAUCUGCCGGGCCGCCGCACGCUUGGCGGAAGGGGUGACAGCUGCCUUGUCCUGUGCCUACCACGUAACCAAAAAUGAAGGAGAACUACUGUUUACGAGCCGCCCUGGUGUGCCUGGGUGUGCUGUGCCACAGCCAGGCCUUCGCCGCCGAGCGGAGGAGCCACCUGCGCCCCUCGUUCCACGGGCACCACGAGAAGGGCAAGGAGGGCCAGGUGCUGCAGCGCUCCAAGAGGGGCUGGGUCUGGAACCAGUUCUUCGUCAUCGAGGAGUACACCGGGCCGGACCCCGUGCUCGUGGGCAGGCUUCAUUCCGAUAUUGACUCUGGCGAUGGGAACAUUAAAUACAUUCUCUCAGGUGAAGGAGCCGGAACCAUUUUUGUGAUUGAUGACAAAUCAGGGAACAUUCAUGCCACCAAGACAUUGGACCGAGAGGAGAGAGCCCAGUACACACUGAUGGCUCAGGCGGUGGACAGGGACACCAACCGGCCCCUGGAACCGCCAUCGGAAUUCAUUGUCAAGGUCCAGGACAUCAAUGACAACCCUCCCGAGUUCUUACACGAGACCUAUCACGCCAAUGUGCCCGAGAGGUCCAACGUGGGAACAUCAGUCAUCCAGGUGACAGCUUCAGACGCAGAUGACCCCACCUAUGGAAACAGUGCCAAGCUGGUGUACAGUAUCCUGGAAGGACAGCCCUACUUUUCAGUAGAAGCACAGACAGGUAUCAUCAGAACAGCCCUUCCUAACAUGGACAGGGAAGCCAAGGAGGAGUACCACGUGGUGAUCCAGGCCAAGGACAUGGGUGGACACAUGGGUGGACUCUCAGGGACAACCAAAGUGACGAUCACACUGACUGAUGUCAAUGACAACCCACCAAAGUUCCCGCAGAGCGUGUACCAGAUGUCUGUGUCGGAAGCAGCUGUCCCCGGGGAGGAAGUAGGAAGAGUGAAGGCUAAAGACCCAGACAUUGGAGAAAAUGGCUUAGUCACGUACAAUAUUGUUGAUGGAGAUGGGAUGGAAUUGUUUGAAAUCACGACGGACUAUGAAACACAGGAGGGCGUGGUGAAACUGAAAAAGCCUGUAGAUUUUGAAACCAAAAGAGCAUAUAGCUUGAAGGUCGAGGCAGCCAACGUGCACAUCGACCCAAAGUUCAUCAGCAACGGGCCUUUCAAGGACACUGUGACAGUCAAGAUCUCAGUAGAAGAUGCCGACGAGCCCCCCAUGUUCUUGGCCCCAAGUUAUAUCCACGAAGUCCAAGAAAAUGCAGCCGCUGGCACUGUGGUGGGGAGAGUGCACGCCAAAGACCCUGAUGCUGCCAACAGCCCAAUAAGGUAUUCAAUCGAUCGUCAUACUGACCUGGACAGGUUUUUCACGAUUAAUCCAGAGGAUGGUUUUAUUAAAACUACGAAACCUUUGGAUAGAGAAGAAACUGCCUGGCUCAACAUAUCCGUUUUUGCAGCAGAAAUCCACAAUCGGCAUCAGGAAGCCAAAGUCCCUGUGGCCAUUAGGGUCCUUGACGUCAAUGACAAUGCUCCCAAGUUUGCCGCCCCUUAUGAAGGCUUCAUCUGUGAGAGUGACCAGACCAAGCCACUUUCUAACCAGCCAAUUGUUACAAUUAGUGCAGAUGACAAGGAUGACACAGCCAAUGGACCAAGAUUUAUCUUCAGUCUGCCCCCUGAAAUCAUUCACAAUCCAAAUUUCACAGUCAGAGACAACAGAGACAACACCGCAGGGGUGUACGCCCGGCGCGGAGGGUUCAGUCGGCAGAAGCAGGACUUGUACCUCCUGCCCAUCGUCAUCAGCGACGGAGGAAUCCCGCCCAUGAGUAGCACCAACACCCUCACCAUCAAGGUCUGCGGCUGCGACGUGAAUGGGGCGCUGCUGUCCUGCAAUGCCGAGGCCUACAUCCUGAACGCGGGCCUGAGCACCGGGGCGCUCGUCGCCAUCCUCGCCUGCAUCGUCAUCCUUCUGGUCAUCGUAGUGUUGUUUGUGACCCUACGAAGGCAAAAGAAAGAACCGCUGAUUGUCUUCGAGGAAGAAGACGUCCGGGAGAACAUCAUCACCUACGACGACGAGGGGGGCGGGGAGGAAGACACGGAAGCCUUCGAUAUCGCCACCCUCCAGAAUCCCGACGGUAUCAACGGGUUUAUCCCCCGCAAAGACAUCAAGCCCGAGUACCAGUACAUGCCUAGACCUGGGCUCCGGCCGGCACCCAACAGUGUAGACGUAGACGACUUCAUCAACACGAGAAUACAGGAGGCGGAUAAUGACCCGACCGCCCCCCCUUAUGACUCCAUCCAAAUCUACGGCUACGAAGGCAGGGGCUCGGUGGCCGGGUCCCUGAGCUCCUUAGAGUCGGCCACCACAGAUUCAGACUUGGACUAUGACUACCUACAGAACUGGGGACCUCGGUUUAAGAAACUAGCAGACUUGUACGGUUCCAAAGACACUUUUGAUGACGACUCUUAACAAUAACGGUACAAAUUUGGCCUUAAGAACUGUGUCUGGCGUUCUGAAGAAUCUAGAAGAUUAUGUAAACAGGUAUUUUUUUAAAUCAAGGAAAGGCUCAUUUAGAACAAGCAAAGUCUUACAGAGAGGAUACGUUUAAUAAACCUGCAAGGGCAUCAAAGUGGGAGAUACUGUGAAGUACCUUUUCUCACAAAAAGGCAAAUAUGGAAGUUGUUUAUCAGCUGGGCUGGAGAAAAACCACUUGGCCUACAAAAUAUUUAAGAGAAAUAGAAGUCUCACGGUGAACUCACAAUGAAGGGAAAUUGUUUAUUUGUUACGAACAUCUAAGUCUUUUUUUCUUCUUCCUUUUUUUUUUUUAUUUGUCAAAGAAGCUUCCACAAAAUUAGAAAGGACAACAGUUCUGAGCUGUAAUUUCGCCUUAAACUAUGGACACUCUAUAUGUAGUGCAUUUUUAAACUUGAAAUAUAUAAUAUUCAGCCAGCUUAAACCCAUACGAUGUAUGUACAAUACAAUGUACAAUUAUGUCUCUUGAGCAUCAAUCUUGUUACUGCUGAUUCUUGUAAAUCUUUUUGCUUCUACUUUCAUCUUAAACUAAUACGUGCCAGAUAUAACUGUCUUGUUUCAGUGAGAGGCGCCCUAUUUCUAUGUCAUUUUUAAUGUAUCUAUUUGUACAAUUUUAAAGUUCUUAUUUUAGUAUACAUACAAAUAUCAGUAUUCUGACAUGUAAGAAAUGUUACAGCAUCACACUUAUAUUUUAUGAACAUUGUACUGUUGCUUUAAUAUGAGCUUCAAUAUAAGAAGCAAACUUUGAAAUAAAAAAAGAUUCUUUUUUAA